AUGGUCCCCUGCUGGAACCACGGCAACAUCACCCGCUCCAAAGCCGAGGAGCUGCUCUCCAGGACGGGCAAGGACGGGAGCUUCCUCGUGCGCGCCAGCGAGUCCAUCUCCCGGGCGUACGCGCUGUGCGUGCUGUAUCGGAAUUGCGUUUACACUUACAGAAUUCUGCCCAAUGAAGAUGAUAAAUUCACUGUUCAGGCAUCAGAAGGUGUUCCCAUGAGAUUCUUCACUAAGCUGGACCAGCUCAUCGAGUUUUACAAGAAGGAAAACAUGGGGCUGGUGACCCAUCUGCAAUACCCUGUGCCACUGGAGGAGGAAGACGCAGGCGAUGACCCUGAGGAGGACACGGUUGAAAAUGUCCUGUCUCCACCUGAGCUGCCACCAAGAAACAUCCCUGUAUCUACAGGGCCCUGUGAGGCCAAGGAGGUUCCUCCUCCAAUCGAGAAUCCCCGAGCGGCCGAGGUCAGCCGGCCGAGCCUGUCUGAGACCCUGUUUCAGCGACUGCACAGCAUGGACACCAGCGGGCUUCCAGAAGAGCAUCUUAAAGCCAUACAAGAUUACUUAAGCACUCAGCUCACUCUGGACUCUGAAUUUGUGAAGUCGGGCUCCAGCAGUCUUCCUCAUCUGAAGAAACUGACCGCACUGCUCUGCAAGGAGCUCCAUGGCGAAGUCGUUCGGACCCUCCCAUCCCUGGAGUCCCUGCAGAAGUUGUUUGACCAGCAGCUCUCCCCUGGCCUCCGUCCACGUCCUCAGGUGCCUGGUGAACCCAAUCCCAUCAACAUGGUGUCCAAGCUCAGCCAGCUGACGAGCCUGCUGUCCUCUAUUGAAGAUAAGGUCAAGGCCCUGCUGCAUGAGGGUCCCGAGUCCCCCCACCGGCGUUCCCUCAUCCCUCCAGUCACCUUUGAGGUGAAGGCAGAGUCCCUGGGGAUUCCUCAGAAAAUGCAGCUCAAAGUCGACGUCGAGUCUGGGAAACUAAUCAUUAAGAAGUCCAAGGAUGGUUCUGAGGACAAGUUCUACAGCCACAAGAAAAUCUUGCAGCUCAUCAAGUCACAGAAGUUUCCUAACAAGUUGGUGAUUUUGGUGGAAACAGAGAAGGAGAAAAUCCUGCGGAAGGAAUAUGUUUUUGCCGACUCCAAAAAGAGAGAAGGCUUCUGCCAGCUGCUGCAGCAGAUGAAGAACAAGCACUCGGAGCAGCCAGAACCCGACAUGAUCACCAUCUUCAUCGGCACCUGGAACAUGGGUAACGCCCCCCCUCCCAAGAAGAUCACGUCCUGGUUUCUCUCCAAGGGGCAGGGUAAGACACGGGACGACUCUGCCGACUACAUCCCACAUGACAUCUAUGUGAUCGGCACCCAGGAGGACCCCCUGGGAGAGAAGGAGUGGCUGGAGAUGCUCAAGCACUCCCUGCAAGAAAUCACCAGCAUGACUUUUAAAACAGUUGCCAUCCACACGCUCUGGAACAUCCGCAUCGUGGUGUUGGCCAAGCCAGAGCAUGAGAACCGCAUCAGCCACGUCUGCACAGACAAUGUGAAGACGGGCAUCGCGAACACGCUGGGGAACAAGGGAGCUGUGGGGGUGUCAUUCAUGUUCAAUGGAACCUCCUUGGGAUUUGUUAACAGCCACCUGACUUCAGGAAGUGAAAAGAAACUCAGGCGAAACCAAAACUAUAUGAACAUUCUCCGGUUCCUGGCCCUGGGAGACAGGAAACUGAGUCCCUUUAACGUCACUCACCGCUUCACCCACCUCUUCUGGUUUGGAGAUCUCAACUACCGCGUGGAGCUGCCCACCUGGGAGGCAGAAACCAUUAUCCAGAAAAUCAAGCAGCAGCAAUAUGCAGAACUCCUGUGCCAUGACCAGCUGCUCACGGAGAGGAAAGAGCAGAAGGUCUUCUUGCACUUUGAGGAGGAGGAAAUCACAUUUGCACCGACCUACCGUUUUGAAAGACUGACUCGGGAUAAAUAUGCCUACACUAAGCAGAAAGCAACAGGGAUGAAGUACAACUUGCCCUCCUGGUGCGACCGAGUCCUCUGGAAGUCUUACCCCAUGGUGCACGUGGUGUGUCAGUCCUACGGCAGUACCAGUGACAUCAUGACGAGUGACCACAGCCCUGUCUUUGCCACGUUUGAGGCAGGAGUCACCUCCCAGUUUGUAUCCAAGAAUGGCCCUGGGACUACCGACAGCCAAGGGCAGAUCGAGUUUCUCAGGUGCUACGCCACACUGAAGACCAAGUCUCAGACCAAAUUCUACCUGGAGUUCCACUCGAGCUGCUUAGAGAGCUUUGUCAAGAGUCAGGAAGGAGAAAAUGAGGAAGGAAGCGAUGGAGAGCUGGUGGUAAAGUUUGGCGAGACCCUUCCGAAGCUGAAGCCCAUUAUCUCUGACCCUGAGUACUUGCUGGACCAGCACAUCUUAAUUAGCAUUAAGUCCUCUGACAGUGACGAAUCCUACGGCGAGGGCUGCAUUGCUCUCCGGUUGGAGGCCACGGAAACUCAGAUGCCCAUCUACACGCCUCUCACCCACCAUGGAGAGAUGACGGGCCACUUCCAGGGGGAGAUUAAGCUGCAGACCUCCCAAGGCAAGACGAGGGAGAAGCUCUAUGACUUUGUGAAGACUGAGCGGGAUGAGCCCAGCGGGCUGAAGUCCCUGAAGAGCCUCACCAGCCAUGACUCCAUGAAGCAGUGGGAACCAGCCAGCAGGGUCCCUCCCUGCAGUGGCUCUGGCAUCACUGAAAUCAUCAACCCCAACUACAUGGGGGUGGGGCCCUUUGGGCAGCCGAUGCCCCUGCACAUGAAGCAGACCCUGUCCCCUGACCAGCAGCCCACAGCCUGGAGCUAUGACCAGCCACCGAAGGACUCUUCCCUGGGGCCUGGAAGGGGAGAGGGUCCCCCCACACCUCCCUCGCAGCCACCCAUAUCACCGAAGAAGUUCUCAUCCUUGACAGCAAACUGGGGUCCCUGCCCUAGGACACAGGAGUCAAGGUGA